AGUUGGGACUGGAUGGGCUUUAAGGUCCCUUCCAACCCAAACCAUUCCAUGGUUCCAGUUAUUAUUAUUACUAUUGUUAUUAUUGCUAUUAGGAUUAACUUUGACAUUAAGACACUAUUGAGGGCGCUCCUGAAGUGGGGGACUUUUCAGAUGCUUUUUACUAGGACUUAGUGUUUGCUUUCUGCAUGUCAGAGCCUGGCGCCUGGUGAAGCCACUUUAAUUGGGGGACCACCCGAUGCAGGUUGUGUGAAGGAGCCAUCCCCACGUGCCCAUCAGUAUCCAGCCCUGCUGCCAGUCAUACAAUAGGACCUGCUGCUUCUCUUGGCUGGAAAACCCUUUGAAACCAUUGAUAGGGUGGAUGAGGGGAGUACCCUGGGAAGUGUUGCCUUUUGUGGCAGGUCUUCCCUGGCAGAGGCACAGCAGAGCCCCUCAGAAGCAGGGAUCUGCUGCCCUGAGGGUCCCCCUGUGGGAGAGUCCUAUGGGACAUCAACAUCACUUCAUGCCAGGCUUUAACCUCUCGCCCUUGCGCUCGGUGUAGCAUCGCCAGGAGAAGACUCCAUCAGCACAAGCAUCACCCUGUGCCCACCACUGGCCAGGCCAUGAAGACGGAGAAGGAAGAGGCUGUGCCCACCUUCUCCCUGCGGGGUAAAUACACUGGAGAGGGGGCAGGCAGCAGUGAGGCACCGGUACCGGGGAGCGUGGGGACCCCAGUGCAGGAGCUGCGGCCGCUGAAGCGCAGACCGGUCCCAGGGAAGCACUACCAGUGCUCGAGCUACGGCUGCAGAAUGGCCUUCCCCAGCAUGCAGGAGCUGAUGGACCACCACAGGGUCCACUACAGACCCACUCAGUCGCUUGAGGGUAAAACGUUCCAGUGCCCCACGCUGGGCUGCACAGAGACCUUCCCCAGCAUGCAGGACCUCAUGGCCCACAUGAAGGUGCACUACAAGCCAAACCGUUACUUCAAGUGUGAGAACUGCCUGCUGCGCUUCCGGACGCACCGCUCGCUCUUCAAGCACCUCCACGUCUGCUCUGACAGCACCAGCAGCCCCACGCCACCCCCCAAAGCCGACAAGCCCAUCCCACCCGCUACCUCUGCCCUGGACAAGGACCCCCCAUCCAAGCCACCGGAGGGGCUUCCCAAGCUCCCGAGCGUUAUCCGGCCCUUGGAGAAAGAAGCCCUGGUGCCCGGUGCGGACGCUGCCCCGGUGCCCGGCAGCCUCCCCGAGCUGCCCGGCUCGCUCGAGGCUCUGCCGCUGGUGUCUCCGGCCCCGCACCCAUUCCCACUGCUGGAGCCCGGCCUUUUCGGGCCAUCAUCCUUGACUCGGUUCUCGGGGCCACCCCCGUCCUCGGUGCCGGGGCCGUUCCUGCCCUACGUGCACCCCUCGCCCUACAGCUUGCCCCAGCCCGCGGCGCAGCCUCGCCUCCGGCCCUACGCGCCGGGCCACGGCCUCCCCGUCUCCAACGCCGUCUGGAAGAAAAGCCAAGGUGUGAGUGUCAGCCCACUCCUCCCAUGCUUUGGCUCAGGAGUGACUCCAGGGCACUCCUCCAACAGCCGCAUCGUGUGGGAGCACACGCGGGGCCGCUACACCUGCAUGCAGUGCCCCUACUCCAGCGCCUCGCGCCAGGAGAUGACCCUGCACAUCGAGGACCACCGCAAGAACCCCCCGGCGCCCGGACGCAUGGACACCGACAUGGAUUUUGGGGUGGGUCUCACCUCCUUCCACACCAAGCUGACACCGGAGAUGGAGAACUCCCUGUACUCCCAGCUCUGAUGCCCUGGCUCCCAUGGAACUGCUCCUGCACCAUCCCUGCCUGCAGCCGGGCAGGGUGGCACUGCACAGCCACCAGCUGGGACAGGGACCCCUUCCCGGGUACCGGGAGCAUCCCCAGCUUGGGGAUGCUGAUUCAUUUCUACCCUUUGCUCUUUGGAAACUCUCAAGCACUUGGAACCCUGCAUCUCCCUCCCCUCAAGGUUCCAUUGGUCAGCCCUGGGGCUCAGGGGAGCCUGCUUGGGUUGCUCAGGAGUUCGUGGAUUUCUCUGGAAUGAGGUCUUGGAAUAAUAAAUGGGAA